GGAAGGCAGUGCUCUAUAGGUAUGUAUGUAUAAGCAGCAGAAACAGAGCACAGAAGAUUCCUUACAUACAAGACAAAAUGGAGCCCCCAGAAGAAUACCUGUUCAAACACAGAGGAUGUUAUUUUGCAGCAAAGUUGGUCACACCUGAAGGCAUAGAUUUACUGGAGGAGUUUGAAAUCAGAGAUAGUGAUGUGUUCCUAGCUACAUAUCCCAAAUCAGGAACUGUGUGGACGCAGAAUAUUUUGAGUUUAAUUUUUUAUGAAGGCCAUCGCAAUGGAACAGAAGAUAUUGUAAUAAUGGAUAGAGUCCCAUGGCUGGAGUGCAAUGUAAAGAAUCUGGAUUUAGCCAAUCUGCCAUCACCUCGUCUCUUUUUCACCCACCUGCCUUACUAUUUGGUUCCAAGAGGUCUGAGAAACAGAAGAGGAAAAGUGAUUUAUGUUGCCAGGAACCCUAAGGAUGUCAUGGUUUCUUAUUUUCAUUUUUCCAAGUUCAUGCUUGCCCUUGAGACAAUACCAGAUUUGAAUACUUUAAUGGAGAGGUUUCUUUCAGGGAAAGUGGUUUAUAGCUCAUGGCUGGAUCACAUCAGAGGCUGGUAUACCCACAGAGAGGAUUUCAAUAUUCUCUUCCUUACCUUUGAGGAGAUGAAGAAGGAUCUCAGAAGUGCUGUGCUGAAAAUCUGCAACUUCUUAGGCAAGCACCUGAGUGAAAAGGAACUGGACUCUGUUGUGGAGCAGGCUACAUUUGAAAACAUGAAAAGAGAUCCUAGAGCAAACUAUGAGUUCCUGCCAGACACUCUCGUAGAAAAAAGCAAAGGACAAUUUCUUCGCAAGGGCACCGUGGGAGACUGGAAAAAGAUAAUGACAGUGGCACAAAGUGAGAGGUUCGACAUGGCUCUUAAGGAGAAAAUGAAAGACCUGCCCUUCAACUGCCUCUGGGAUAGUAAUGAGGAACUAUAA